UAGGCAAAAUAAAUCCACAUAAGUCACACACUUGACAUAGGCCAUUAUCUUAAAGGGGUAAAAUCACAUGACCUGAUCAACUGAGGAUGUAGGCGAUUUUUUUGGUUGGCGUCAUGAGGAGAUGAUUUAGGCAAAAAAAAACCAAUUUUGACAAAAAAUGACUUAGGCGAUUGUUUUAACAGUGUGACGAAAUAAAGGAAGCUGUUUUUAAUUGAAGAACUACAUCGCCCAUGAUGCUGGGAGCAUCCAGGUUGAUUAAUCGAGUGUGAACUCCUCGUACCGCUCUGCUCGCCCACUCUUACCGUCCAGUUUUCUCCCAGCAGUCGCAUCCUGCCUGCCAGCUCCAGCGCUACCGUUAGCUAGCUAAUAAGGGAGUAGCAAGUCAUUCUCACGGAGGAAAUUCUGUUUUGAUAUCUCAGCAGUAUGUCAUUUUGAUGAAUAAUUCGUUCGGGAAGAUGAAUUUGCGGCUUUUCCGCGCCAACACACCUCCUAGAAGACACAAUUUCCUCUGUAAAGUCCGCGUUUUCACUUCGACCUCAUAGCUGAACGGGUUUAGCAAGUCGGUAGGUUUUGCCAAGACGGGGAGGCUCAUCUGUCCGCCGCUGCUGCUGCUCCGUGACGGGCAGGAUCUGCACAAAGCCAGUCAGAUGGUGGACGGUAAAAGGACCCACGGAACUCAAACGGUUUUUACACCGGGGUGUGAAAUUGAAUUAUCAAGCUGAUCAUCUGUCGUGGAAGUGCGAGGAACAAGGCGAGGAGGAAGGUCUAUUUUUGGAGGGCGAGAGUUUGGAUCUCGCACCGAAGGAAGGAGUAGUACGGAGGAGGGAGACCCGCAGAAAAGAAGGGACGCUAGGGGGACAAAAGCCUGAUGCCAGUGAUGGCAAACGAGCCGAUCAUCCUGAACGUCUAUGAUAUGUACUGGAUCAAUGAGUUUACCAGCACUCUGGGCAUCGGAGUCUUUCACUCAGGGAUUGAGAUCUACGGCAGAGAGUUUGCCUAUGGUGGACACCCGUACCCGUUCUCAGGGAUCUUUGAGAUUACACCCGGUGAUGCAACCGAACUCGGCGAGACCUUUAAGUUCAAAGAAGCCAUAGUGUUGGGCAGCACGGACUUCACAGAGGAGGAUGUAGAGCGAAUCGUGGAGGAGAUGGGGAAGGAGUACAAAGGCAACGCCUACCACCUCAUGCACAAGAACUGCAACCACUUCUCCUCAGCACUGUCAGAGAUCCUGUGUGGCAGGGAGAUCCCUCGCUGGGUCAACCGCCUGGCCUACUUCAGCUCCUGCGUGCCAUUCCUCCAGAGCUGCCUGCCCAAAGAGUGGCUGACCCCGGCUGCCUUACAGUCCAGCGUCAGCCAGGAGCUGCACGGAGCAGGAGAGCUGGAGGAAGCAGAGGACGCCGCUGCCACAGCCUCGCUGGCAUCCAUGUCGCCCUGCUCGCCCUCGUCCUCCUCCAGCCCCUCCUCCUUGCCUCGUCAUUCCCGCCACCAGCCCCGCCGGUAGAAGCUGCGAGGCCUGCUGGUAGAUUUGGGGGAGGCUGGACUUGAUUACAGAGACCUGCAGCGGCUGAUGAGUCCAGCUCCAGUCCUCGAGCACGACACCGAACUGCUACCUGCUCUUGGUAAGAACGUCAGCCAAAUAGUGAUCCAGAGCAGAGGAAGGAACUCGUGCUGCUGACGGAGGCAGGAUCAUCUCUCCGAACAUGGCUGUCGGAUUCAAACGGCCCAUACACAAUCCAAACUAUCUCCCUUAAGUUGCUUUUAUUAUUUCACCAGCCAACCUGCAGUGUUAAACGGUUUACCAGCCACAUACAGAGUUCACCAGCAGUCAGUAGGUGGAUGGUGCUAACCCCUAACUUACUGUAGCGGAAACCAGUGAGAGGGGAAAAAGAGGUGUGGGUUUGAGGAUGUUUCCAAAUCUUUUUGGUCAUCCAGCAGCCAUUUUUGUGGAUUCUUCUGGCACCUUCAGGGGUCACCAGAUGAUCGAAUGGAUAAGAAAGAAUAUUAUUUAUUAUUAUUUCAGACUUUUCUUGUUAGAUAUGGAAUGCGAAAACUUUACUGUCCACAAUGUGGAAAUUUGCCUUUGGUUUCACCGUAAAAACAUACGCAAGACAAUACAUCGUCUAAAAAUACACAUUCAUUCAUUCAUUCAUUCAUGAGUCAGCAGCACCACCCUGUAUCCUUGUCUAUUGGACCCUAGUUUAAUUUAUUACCUGGACAGCAUACGAGGGAAGGAUUCCUUGUAGAGAUUUCUAUUAGCCGUCAGUAAUCUGUAUUGUUCCCCCUUAGGGUAAAAGUUCAAAUUCAAAUAAAUAAAUGACGACAUACAUGAAGCUUCUGCUCCGCUGAAGGGAGGAAUAAUGGCAUCCGAUUAAAACAAAUCUUCUCAUCUGAUGCCUCAAAUUGAUACACAGUCUUUGCCUGAAAUGUGAAAGAACAUUUCCUGCAUGUGUAAAAUGGGAGCAGUAAAAAUCUGUUCUGCCAAUUUCUCACCUCAAGGCCUAAAAACAUUUUGGGGAAAAAUGCAGGUACGACUAUGUGUGAAAGAAAGCAGUAACAUUUCAGAGACAAAUGCGUAAACAAAAGACGCUUUCACAUGGAGCAAGCAAACCAAUCACAAGACUCUGCAGAUAACAUAUUUCAAUCAGCGACUUGUUUAGCAUAUAGAUUUUGCUGGUGAUUUGAUACCUAACAAGAAAUACAAGUUGUAUUGCUUCAAACUAUCUAUUUUUGUUCAAGACUGGGCAGACACUGGACUGAUUUAGAAAACAAGGGGCCUCCGUUUAAUCCACACAGAGGAUGAAGUUGAUGGGCAGUUGUCUGGACCAGUUAGAGAUGCUCUUUCGUUUAUGACAAUACAUUUGGAUGGAAACCUGGAGGCUGUAUCAUGCAGCGCCAGUUGUUUUUCUGCUGUAGUGUGAAAAAGGGUCUUUUCUUAUAGAACAUCCAUACAAUCUGAGGAGGUAGUGGCCAUUAAAGCUUUGCUGUGUCAGACUCCAUCUGAAGAGAAACAAAAGGAAACGUUCUGAGAGACUGGAGCUUAUUAUAGUUUUAAUUCACCACUAGCCAAACACAGGUGUACUUUGAUCCGUGGCUGGUAAAUGUUAACACUGCAGUCUACUGUCAUUAAAAUGUCCUAAAUAUUUGGUUGGUAAAGUUUUGAAAACAGCAGGCGGAGUUUAAAAUCCAUACACUUUGCCUCAACAUGCUGUGUGUUCGCAUCAGGGCCUCAGGCUUUUGUUAUUUUUCUCUCACAACAGGCUGGAUAGACUUGAGCUAGAACUACAAUCAGCCUCACAAAACACCACAAAGACAUAAAAAAACUGUUUCUGAAUGGGUGAAAAUCCCUCACACACCUUGGAUGGGUUCAGUUCCAGGUCAUUUUUGCUCCCCAAGUCCCUUUCAUUGUUCCUUUCCAAUCAGCAGUUGCUGGGUAUCUGUAGCAGCUCUUAAAAUCCUAUCAUGGGAUAACCAUGUGUGAGAAAAUUGAACCGAAUGAAGCAGAUUUUUAAAAAAGUUUGUAAUGUAAUAAUUUUGAAAAUGCAGCAUUUUUUUUGCUUUACCAGUAAUUUAAUAUUGUUUAAAACAUCUAAAUAGUUUAGAAAUUAGGCAGGCAGAUACAUUAGAGAGGACUUUUUGUUGCCAGAAGGUUCUGGGUUUAAAUCCCGGAGUAAAAAGAGAGUUAAUUAUUUCUCAGUAGCAACUGCCAAGGUGCCUUUGAGCAAGGUACUGAACCCACAAGUGUCCCAGUGGCCAACAGUAGGAGACUAUGGUUAUACUGGAUGGCUCCCAGUUGUUGGUGUGUUCAUCUUUGUAGCUGAAAAGCGAAAUGUUUUGUUUUUACCAGAGAAUUUAAGAUCCAAGUUUACAUUCAGGACAUGAUGUCAGCCCGUAACGGUUUGUGAUCUGCGUAAAUGUCUGAAGAGGACGGGCAGUUGAAGCAAAGGAAGGAAUUUGAGGAACAGUGUGUCUUAAAUGGGACUGAAACCCUUUUUUAACUGACCUUCAGCCAUCAGCCUGCACUCCUGACAGUCAGUUUCCUCACAUCUGAGUCCAGUUAGGGACGAUGCACAUUGGCGUUAAUGUGGAGCAUCAAAAAAAAGAUUUGGGUUUUAUUUUUUAUUUUUAAGUUGUGAAAUUCUGAGCCGAUACCGAUGUUUUGAAAUAUUACGGCCUCAAGCUCCUGUUGAUACGGAUUUGUUUCGUUUCGGUCAUUUAAUUUUGUUAUUUUUUAUCAAUUUUUAUGUCACAUGAAAUCCAAUCCGGUUACUUCGGUUUGUACAUUAUUUGUGCAGUGAUGCUUAAUUUCAAAGUUUAGAAAGUGCUUAACAUUAACCGUUAAAUUUUCAGUCCGUUGAUUUUGACCAUAAUUUCAUAAUUUCAUUUCAUCCAAGCAAUCGGUCAUGAAUAUCCUAAGUAAUUUAAUAUUUGAAAUUAAAUCAUCCGAUUAUAACUAAACCACAGCUUUUUGGGGAAGCUCACUUUUUGUGAUGAUAAAAGCUUUAGAAUCUGGAAAGUUUUUAAUUUAAGUACCUUGAAAGGGCUUAAAUGUGCUUGAGUUUUAUUCUCAAAAAGCUGUAUGAAGCCUGAGCACACACACUCUUUGAUGAAAUAACCUCUCAUAUAACCUUGUUUUUGAGGAUGAUUAUUUUUUUUAAAUAUAACUACUUCAAAAACCUUUUCAUUUGCUCUACAACUACCUACUCAAUGAGGACAAAAAUCAGCGUACAAGACCUUUUCUCAGGCAGCAGGUAGAUUUAAAUUAAUUUCAAGUCAUUGGACACGUUUCCUCCAGCACAAAUUUGAGGCUCACAUAUUUUUUUUGCUUGAAGUAUGUCCAGAAACAGUAUUUUUGUGAAUCAUAAGUGUAAUCUCAUGUAAAAGCGACCAGAAGUUGCGCUUAUUUGGGCAAAUUUGUAAGCUAACAUUCAUUGGUUUUGUGCAUUCAAAGCAUCAAAUUGAUUUAUUAUUGGCAAAUAUUUGUUUAUGAAACAAAGCCCAAAUCCUCACUGUACUUUUCAUCAUUUUAAGAAACAUAAAUACUAUAAUAACAACAAGCAGUAGGAUAGAAAUAUCUGUUUCCAUCACAUUACUUGUGCUUUCCCGAAUUGACAAAAUGAAUAUCGGCCAAUCCCGAAGUUCGGCUGACAAAUCUGUGCAGCCCACGUUUUCCUUUCAAGCGUUUAUACUAAUAAUAUGAGUGAAAACUCACCAGACUCAUCACUUAUUCAGUAAAAGUCCAUCAUCAUCAUCAUCAACAACAACACGUGCUGCAUAAUAACCAUGUGUAUCGUCCUAAACAAGAGCAAUGGAUGUGUUGAAAACAUAUUUAGCAGGAAAACUGUCAGUUUUCUUUCUUUUUAAAUCCUUUAAUGUAUUUCUAUGAUGAAUAUGGACUCUGGCCUUUUUGUCUGUUUUGUUUAUGUUGGAUAAACUCAGGACUCCAAAAGGCUUUGUAAUAUAAUCCUUUUAACUUUUUUAUCCCACAGUUUUAUGUUUGCGUUGUUAUUGCUUUUUUCUAAUGCAGUAGUCACUCCAUAGAGCUUUUCAAGAUCGCACUGUGGCAGUGAAGUUUUAUAUUCCUCUCUUUGAUAAAAAAAGAGCUUUUGUUUACAA